CGAUCAGUAAGCCACAGAGUCUCAAAACCUCUUAAACCCUAAUCCUCUCCAUCCAUUCCCCUGCCCCCUACAUGUUCGCCUGACCUUCACGGCCGCCGCUUCUCGUCCGCCAUGACUGCCUCCUCCUCCAGGCUCCUAAAGCUCACUCUGAGCUCCUAUUUCCUCCGCUCCUGCCGCAUCGCUUCCAGCUCCCUACUCCCCACCACCUUCCGCGGCCACCCGGGGCCGCUCCACUCCCUCCGCUUCUGCUCCGCGGUCCCCGCGGUUGUCGAUGUCGCCGCCGACCCUGCCGUGGCGGCUGUAUCCGCCGGCCACCCGUGGCCGGAGUGGGGCGACUUCCUCGAUAAGCUGCGGGCCAAGGGGUACUUCGAGCAAGGCGUGCCCUCCUCCGGCGUGAGUUCUGGCGAGGGAGCCGCCGGAGUUAGGGAUGCUGCGGUUGCAGCUGCAUCUGAGGACGCAGCAGCGGCUGCUUCCGGUAACACUGUGGUGGCUGCGGUGGAUAGCGCGGUGUCCUUGGAAGACAUUUAUCGUUUCAGGGACGAGAACAGGGUGAAGAAUGCUUGCCUCAAAUUUGCGCGCGAUCGCUUCGAUCUCCUCAGCUCGCUUCCGAAGCAGGAUAUUCAAGCUAUUGUCAAGUGUGGCUGUCCUAAUAAAAAUCGGAAGCCCGUCAAUUCUGCAAAAAGGUUGAGAGAGUUUGUGCAGGUCAAAGAAGAAGAUGCAUGCAGCAUUUGCAAAUUUCGUGAAUCCUGUGAUAAAGCUUUUAUCACUCCAGAUGCCGAGGCUGAAGUUAAGACUGUUGAUGUUGUUCGCAUACUGCUAAGUUAUGCAAUGGAUAAAAACCUUUCAGGAGAAAACUCAGUUAUCGAAAGCGUGCAAGAAUCUGCAAAAAAGCUUCUCUCAAAGCUUACUGAACUUAGCGACACAAAAAUCGACGAGUCUCUUCCGAAACCUGCAUCUCAAGCUCCUAGGAAGGCUCAGGGCUCAGAUGGGAAGGGGAGAGAAACGACGGCAGUUGAAAUGAAGAAGGGCGACUGGUUGUGCACUAACUGUAACUUCUUAAAUUUUGCUCGCAAUGUUCGCUGUCGUGAAUGCAAAGCAGAUGGACCAAAGAAGAUAGAAGUAGCCAUGGCUGAAAUGAAAAUGGGCGAUUGGAUCUGCACACAGUGUCAGUUUAUGAACUUCUCUCGCAACAAUAUUUGUUUUAAAUGUGAAGAACCUCGCCCGAAGAGGCAACUCAAUCCUGGAGAGUGGGAGUGCCCCUCAUGUGACUAUGUUAACUUCCGACGCAACAUUUUGUGCAAGAAGUGCAAUCAGGACCGGCCUGAGGAUGAUACCCAGGAUAGUCAGCUGGGAUUGAGAAAAACGAGAGGGGCUGGCAAGAGUAGAAGAUUCGACUAUAUUGAUCAGAAGAGUGACAAUGAUUAUGAUGCCUCUCCCUAUGAAGGGUUCCGCAAGCGUGGGGCAAGCAUGAGGAAACCGGACCAGAGAAGAACCACUGCCAGGAGCAGAGGCUUUGACGAUCUGGAGGAUGAUUACAAUGCCUCUCCCUAUGAAGGGUUCCGCAAGCGUGGGGCAAGCAUGAGGAAACCGGACCAGAGAAGAACCACUGCCAAGAGCAGUGGCUUUGACGAUCUGGAGGAUGGUCUCCUUACUGCCAAGAGUAGAAGGGCUAAGGAAGACGAGGAUGACGAAGUCUUGCCGUACGAAGGUGUGCGCAAGCAUGUUGUGAGCAGAAGGGCAACGCCUUCUCAGAGGAGGUUCACGGCUGCCCGUAACCAGUAAUAAUACCCGAACUUGGAGCUUUGAUGACUCCGUUCUGUAACAUAUUUCACGGUUGCAUACUUGGUUGAGCAACCAUAAUUUCAUUAUUCAGGCCAUUACCAUAACAAUUGGAUAUAUCUUUCUCAGAAGUAUGACAUUUGUAAUCUAGAAAGAAUUUUGACAGCGUCGCUCGCUCUGCUGUGGUGCAGAUGAGGGACACAAGCAUGUUCGAUUUGUAGUGUUAUUAUACAGAUUAUUAGGGAAACCACAUUGAUACAACUAGCUUUUUACAAGGAUUUGUUUGUCGUCACUUCUGUGUGACGAGAUAUAUGAUGAUCAUGUUGAACUUGUUUUGCUUUA